AUGUCCGAUUCAUUGCUUGCGCGCAAGUAUGUCGAUGGCAUCUACAUCCCCCUCGGUCUGCUCGUUGUCGGCACUGCCAUCGUUAAGCGCGAGUGGACCGCCUACGCGUUGCUGCUAGGGAUCGUCUUGGGCGGCAUCAAGUUCUACAACAACCUCCCCAAGGCUGUCCUUAAGCCGGAUGCUUUCCAAGAGUUUGAGCUCAAGGAAAAGACCAUCAUCUCACACAAUGUCGCUAUCUACCGCUUCUCUCUCCCGUCCCCGACCGCCAUCCUCGGCCUCCCCAUCGGCCAACACAUCUCGAUCGGCGCGACGCUGGGCCAGCCCGACGGCACGACCAAGGAGAUCGUUCGGUCGUAUACGCCCAUCUCAGGCGACCACCAGCCGGGAUACUUCGACGUUCUGAUCAAGUCGUACCCGCAGGGCAACAUCAGCCGGCAUAUGGCGUCGCUGCAGGUGGGACAGACGAUCAAGGUCCGGGGGCCCAAGGGCGCUUUCGUGUACACACCCAACAUGGUUCGCCACUUCGGUAUGGUCGCCGGCGGUACGGGUAUUACCCCUAUGCUGCAGGUUGUCAAGGCCAUCAUCCGCGGCCGCGCCACCGGCGACCGCACCCAGGUCGACCUCAUCUUUGCCAACGUCACCGAGCAGGACAUCCUCCUGCGCGAGGACCUCGACCAACUCGCCCGCGAGGACAAGGGCUUCCGCGUGCACUACGUGCUGGACAAGCCGCCCGCGGGAUGGGAGGGUGGCGUGGGCUACAAAUGGCUUCCCAAGGCUGCCGAUGACGUCAAGAUCCUUCUGUGCGGCCCGCCACCCAUGGUGGGCGGGCUGAAGAAGGCCGCCGAGAGCCUCGGGUUCCAGAAGGCCCGGCCCGUCAGCAAGCUGGAGGACCAGGUGUUCGCUUUCUAA